AACAUGGUUAAUGUAAAAGUUAUUGAAUGUUAGAAAAGCUGUUUAGACGACCUUGAGAAUUGUGUCAGCAUGAAACUUAUACGAAUUUCUGUGAUACUGCUGUAAUUGAGUUCAUAUGAAUAACUACCUAAAACAAUACUUUGGAUUCACAAUUCUUUUAUUAACUCCAACAGUUUUGGUUCUAUGGCUUUCUGUCAGGUUGCUUACUUUGCAUUCCCAGCAGGCAUAUAGAUAUUUAAAUGAAAUUAUGUUCGCAUUUUUUAUGCGAACGUUUUUAUUUAUAUUCGGGUACAUGAACGUUAGAAAGAUACAUGUUUAUGGUGAUGUUGACUUUAUUAAAAGGAAAAAUGAGAAAGUUUUGUUCAUAUCAAACCAUUUAUCUAAAGUCGAUUGGUUUGUCUGUUCUAUGCUCAUUUCGCAUCAGGGUGGUUUGGGAAGGACAAGAUUUGUGCUCCAUAAAAACCUCAAAUAUCUUCCAAUUUUCGGAUUUUACCUCAGCCAGGAUUCGUGCUUGUUUGUUGACCGUCAUAAUUUUGAUGCGAAAACCGCUGUCAAUACGCUAAAUGAUCUCAAAAAACUUCAGUCUAAUACUUGGAUGGUUAUUUACCCUGAAGGCACUAGAUACAAUCCAUGGAAACAUGAUGUGAUUGAACAGUCACAAAAAUUUGCCAUUGAAAAAGCUGGUAUCAAACCGUUCAAACAUGUUUUGGUCCCAAGAAGAAAAGGUUUGCAAUUGAUAUUAAACCAAAUGCAUGAUUGUCUUGACGCUUUAUACGAUGUGACAACUGUUUUCGCUGAUGAAAAUGGUUACCCAUACGAUCAUACGAUACCAGCACCAGGUUUGGGAGAUUGGUUGGUUAAACGGAGAAGUUUAUAUAUCUAUUUGAAACGUAUACCAAUAAAACAAAUCCCGACUGAUAGUCAAUCAAUCAGUCAGUGGCUAUAUGAGCGUUAUAGAAUAAAAGAUGAUUUUAUUGAUAAUAUACAAACACGAUUCUAUAAAUCAUCUGAAACAAUACAAAAUCACAAUCAUACCAAUCAUCAACGCAUUGAGCCGUUAACACCAGUGAGCAAUUGUGAUUUGAAUACAGCUAAUAAUAAGCAUACUACUGGCAAUAGUAAAAGUAUACAAUGUCUGCCAAAUGAUUUGUCAACAAUUAAACAGAAUUUUCUCGAUUGUUUCACUAAGGACAUGUCUAAACAAUGCUUAGAACUUGAACAAUUUCAUCUGUUCGAUUUUUUACCAUAUGCAAUAUUAUUUUAUGGUAUCACAAUUUAUUGGAUUUUUGGAUUUGGUUGGUCUGGUUUUAUGAGUUAUUUAGCUGUAGGUUUAUUUGGAACUAUUGGUGGUCAGCUAUAUGUGCAUUUUGCAAUUUAAUAAUAUUGAAACAACAAAAACAUAUAUAUAUAUCUGCUUUUAUGAUGUUCUGUUUAAUUUGUGUAUUAGAAUACCAUCUAAAAACUCAAUGUAUAUUAUUUUAGAAAUUUAAUAAGUGCUCAUUUUAAGAGUAAUGUUUAAGUUUAUUUAAUGUGAAAAUACAAAUAAACUUAUUCGAUCAGUAAACAUCAAUUGUUUUGUGUUCUGUGUAUAAGUGUAGGUAUAUGUGAAAUGCUUGUAAAAACACGAACACAAUUGAGAAUUGAACACAUUGUGUUUAUUUGAACGUAUAUAUAUGUAUAUAUAAUUCAAAUGAGCAUUUACAUGCCAGACAUAAUUUUAUUGGUUUUCAAAAAUCAUGAAAGGUUUGCGGCUAAUGAAAUGCUGGUAAAUUGUGUAUUGCGACACAAAAGACGUCAUUAAUUUUUUUCUUAAAUAUUUUUCCACAUAUAAUGUACUACUAUAUCUAUAAUCUGUUAAAAUAAAUUUAUCUAACACUUCA